AUGUCACCCGCCGCGAUCGCCGAGAUGCAGCCAGAUCUGCCCAAUGAUCAGCUUGACGCCGUGGGCAAAGCCUUCGAUGCGCUACUACUAACCGUGUACCGGCUGACUCACAGACAAAAUGAGCUCUUCCAACACAUGGACAAUGUCUUCAAGGAGUACACAGACGUGAUAGAAACUCUGCCUCCUCAAGAUAGACCUCAUGCACUGGACGUUCAAACCAAAUUGCUCGCUCAGCAGGAAGAAUUCCGACAGGGCCUCGUACACAGCAAACCUCGCGUCGAGGAACAACCGCUGAAACCUAUGGAUGUAAUAAAGACACUCGUUGCGCAUCAAAAUGUAGACGAAAAUACUUCACUGGCCAUCAAGAACGGAGUGAAGGGCUGCAAGUCUCUGCUCCGGUCUCAAGAUGGCCUUUCCCAAAUAUCCUCCUCGUGCAUCCUCGCGCAAGCACCGGCUCCAGCAGUUGCGCUGGAGAAGGACUUCACUACGAAUGGCACCCAGGGAAAUCUUCAUUGCCCUUUCUCAAAACCCAAUAAGAUGCAGAACGGGAGCGAGACUCGAAGUGCGAAACACUCUGUGCCAAAGGUUCAGAUCGAAGCCGCCUGUGGACAUGAGCACCUCGACCCCAUCAAGGCUGAGCUAGAUGAACGACGCUCCAGUCACACCCCAUCCGCCCCGUCAUCCAAGGGGGCCUGUCCGGUCUCGCGAUGCCCGAUUCGAUUCUUGGACCAGCAUUCCCCAGAAGAGAUCGCCGAAUACGUUGAAAGACACAAGCAUGAGAUCCCCAGAAGCCAUGCAAUCUGCGUCAACCGCUACCAGAAGAACCCUCAGAACAUGCGACAUCUCGACGCCAAGUACGGAGGCCUCACCAGCAUGAUCGCCGGACUCGGCGUCAAGCACCAAGCCUUCCUGCCCGAAUGUCAAAACGGCGAAGGCAAAUCAUCGAGCUCCGCAUCUACCCAGCGAGUCGAGAAGUGGGCCGAGAACGUGGACCCUACGACACCCGCCCAAAGCCCCCAAGACACCCAGAACGACGACGAUAACCGCCAAAGUCACUUUGACCGUCCCCUCCGCGAGGUUCGCGUGGGCGAAUCCCCGAGCCGGCCUUGGGGCAUCUCAGUCCCCGUCACACACCUUCCUCCCGCUUCCUCGUCAUACAAUGGAUCCGCCUCUGAUCCCACAUCCCCCGAUCCCCAAUCCGACAAGCCCAAUAACAUUGAUCCACCCGCCACCCCCGCCAAACCUACCGGCUGUCCAUUCGGCCAUGACAAACCAAAGCCCCAACCUCCAAAGCCCGCAGCCGAAACACCCUGGAAUGGCGAUUGGCGCAAAGACUGGCCAAAGGAAGAAAAGGCACCUGCGAAACCCGGUUGUCCUUUCGGACACGAUAAGAAGACUGAGGCGCCAAUGCCUGAGACACAGCCACCGAAGGAUCAGCACAAAGAGGGGGCUCAGGGUAAUGCGGCCGAGGAAGCCCCGAUUGCCCCGACUGCUCCGGUCAGCGAGGAUCCAACUACCAAACCCGGUAUCCCAUCCACCCUCUCUACUCCGUCCGGUGUCACUUUCAAUGGCCCCGUGUUCUUCGGAUAUUCCCCUGAGCAAACGGCCAACCUGAUGCAGCAGCUGGCUAGCCUGGGCAACCUAAACCUUGGUAAUCUGGGCAAAUGA